UUCCAACUACAGGCUAUGUCCUCCUUGACGAGGCUCUCACUAUCAUCGGUUCGCCGCUGUUUUCCCAUGUGUCUGUGGUAGUGGUACUAAUUUUCACGUAAAUUGCGCUAGCAACUGGAUCGGUCACGAAAGUAGCUUCCCUUAUUCUUGUAUCAUUGAAUGUCGGCUGAAUUAUUUUUGCGUAGUUGAUAUUGACCAAGAAGAAGAAGAAGAUCUUCCUGUAUUGCAGCAAGCUCACAACUUUCUCUGUACUCGGUAAGGUGUACCUCAAGGCCAUGCAUUUGCUGAAUAUGUCGCUGCACGACAAGGGAGGUACUCGGAAGAUCCUGGCGAUCCACCUUCAUCCUUCGAAGGAACAACGGGCGUUAGGUUCUUUCUUAGUGAAGAUCAAAUAGCCCAAGCGAGGAGCAUAUAACAAGCGAAAUUUAACUUUUAGAAUUACAACAAUGAACUUUAAGAUCGACUUUCGGUAUCUAUCGAGUCCUUCCGUUUCGUUUUCCUGGAUGAAGUGGAAUCUGUCUUUGAUAUAAGGCUGAAUAACUACCACAAGAUCGUGAAAACUUCCUCCACCCUCCGGCUCCGGACCAUGGUCCGUUCAGCCGCGACCUACUUGUUGGGACGUCAACUCGCUGCCGACGUCGUCGUGCCAUUUCUCCUUCAUCAGGGGGGUGAUAGCAGUUGUCUAGCGACCGCGCUGGUGCUGGAGCAGCGGCCGAAUCAUGAAGAAGCGGCGCGCGAUAAGUUGCAACUACACGAGACGGGCCCACACGAAUUUAAUGUAAUCGAGGACUUUGACGAUGACGAUCAGGAUCAGGUGGGCGUGGGCGACGACCAAGAUCACUCUGACGCCGAACUACACUUCUCGUUCGCGCCCGAUAAUUCUUUCAGCCAGGGAAAAUCUUCAUACGAGGAUGCUUCGACGUCCGUUCCCGUUCCCACCGAGCCGGCCGGGAGCAGCACAGAAUUGGAUAUCAAAUGCAAUUGCAAUUAUGUCAUCUGGCUCUGGCGGGUCUGGAAAUUUGUGAUGCUAAAAUGAGCAUGAUGAAAGCACUUCCUUAAUAUGAAGGAAAGUGUGACAGGUUUGCAGAACGUUUUCUCGUACGCACUCCGCAUGAGAAGCCGCGCGUGUGUGCCACAAGAGGGGCUGCCACUGCGACUUUUGUUGGCCAUGCAAUUGUACAGAUUUCACAUGAAUAAAUACGCAAGACCAGCUUUAUUUCAAGUAGACCACCCAGACAUAUUUGCAAUGCAUAUGAUCGGGGCGCAAGAACCCGCAACAAAAAAUCGAUGGAAACUCUCCAGGGCCCCCGCGGGAAGAAGACCAGGCUCCUUCCAGUGCGCUGGAAGUACAGCAGAAAGCGGGGGUCGUCGGGAAGGUGGGGAAGUUAUGGAUGUGUCAGAGUUGAAAUCGACAAAGUUGAAAUAAUUUGUCAUGCAUAAAAUGGAUGCCAGUUGGAACCCAGUUGCCAAGUGGCGCAUGACAAAUUUCGGUGGUCCCUAAAUCCAGUUUGUCAUGCUGUUUAGGCAAAGAAGAGUGAUUUUCGCAUGCUACUUUAGCAGCUCAAGCUGUAACCCCAAACAGGCUCACAAUCGGCCUCACUUGCCUGCUCUGCAACGCACGUACCUCGGGUCAUGCAUUUUAUGCAUUACAGAUUAUUUCAACUUUGACGAUUUCAAACCUGACGCUUCCAUAGAAGUGGCUCGGUGCGUGUUGGGAUCUGGUGCCCAAUAUCCUGUGCAAAAGUAUCGUACUCGUAUUGCAAUCAUGCAUUACAAAUCCUUUUGUUGAGGUAAAUCCGCAUUACAAAUUUUAUUUCUCAUGUCGAGGAAAUUUGUAAUGCAUUUAUACGAGUACGGUACUUUUGCAGUUCAUACCCAAGGAUGCCAUGGCGCCCCGCCUCGAGCGGCUGCAGAAGUUUGUGGACCACAUGAUGCACCUUCGCUACGAGUACUCGGAUCCCGCACACAAGAAGAAAAUGGGAAACCGCCGGCGCUUGCUGCAUACGCACUUUUGCAAAAGCAUGUUGAUCCUACUUAGUACUUGUUCUAGCAUAAAUCGCAUGAUUUUUUCCAAGAAGAUGAAAGUUCUUUGUCAUUCAGUUUCAGAUAAUUCAUUAUCAUUUUCACAGGAAGCAGGAUAUUAAGGAAGCCAGAUUGAGCACCAGAUACUGAUACAGACUUUUCAUGCAUGAUUAUUUUCAUCUAGUUCUAGUAGCAACUAGGAUGAUAGAUUUUUGACUUUUGCUGUGGAUGCCGCACCCGGACGAGAAGGUCUAUUUCCUAUUCGAAAACGAGGCCGACCAGAACUUGAUGUUAUGGACUUCGGAGCAGGUGCUGGAAGUGGAAAUCAAGGAAUCCUGGCUGUACUACAUCGGCCAGAUCGGGUUGAAAAUGCUCGGUUCGGAGCAGCCCCAAAUGGAAUUCCGGGUGCUGCGUUGGGCGAACAUGCUGGCCUGGGAGUUUCACCCGGUGGGCGGCGUUUCGAUUACGUCCGUGACUAGCCACUACAGACUGCACACCGAGCGCGAUGCCACCGACAUUCAUGUGACCAAGAACUCCGUCGAGGGAGAGCUCGCGUUAUCAAAUGUAAAAGUGUCUGGGUCUGGAAGGAUCCAAACUUGUCAUGCUAUCUUUGGACUCUAAAAAAAUCUGUAUUGGAUGACCAGGAAGAGGAACCCAGACUGUGCUACGUGGAGAGGGCAUUUGUAAUGCGGAAUAGGCAUCAGGAAGCCCUCUAAAAAUCUGUGAUGCUAGGUCGUGCAUUACAGACAUUCUGGGUCAUACAAAACAUGCAUGACAAGUCUCAGAAUCUCCCAGACCCAGACAUUUUUACAUUUGAUACGCGUACGACCUUGCUUACUUCCUCUCCUGGCGGAUCAUCUCGAUCAACUCGCUGAACCUCCUAUCAAAAGUAAAAAUGUCUGGGUCUGGAAACUUGUGAUGCUGGGUGGCGUCUCAUGAUGAGGCUACAAAUGCUGGCUCAGCAUGACAAGUUUCUGAGCUCCUAGGUUUUGCCUAUUCUGCAUGACAAACUGCGCUUCUGCAUCACAGAAAAACGGAGCUCUUGGGUAACGUGCGUGACAGAUUUAAGAGUCAUGCCAGACAAGCAUGACAGACAUGAAUUCUUCCAGACCCAGACAUUUUUACAGUUGAUACCUCCGGAGCCCGCGCGGGUACGCGAGCAUGCAGCACCGGAUCGAAAUGCGGCAGGGGGUCUGCGACGCAGCGCGGCUGCAGUGGUUCAAGAACGGGAUGGAGAACAGCGAUCUCCUGUCGGCGACGCAGUUGUUACGGUGGAAAGCAAAUCGAGGCAACAUUGAUCCGGUCUGCACAGAGCACAUCCUCCGGCAGCGAAAAGUUUUGCUCUCCGACGAAGUGGUCGACGUGGCCCUCGCUAGGGCCGGCGGCGCUUUCGACCCGGACGUGCACAUGCGGGAUGCCAUCGUGUUCACGAAUUACCGCAUUCUCAGCAUCGAGGUUCCGGACCUACUGCGGGCCCGCGGAUUCGGGAACAAAGCCACUUAUGAAUCCUUCACCUACGACUCGGUGCGUUCGUGGACGCUGCAUCUCCCGCACACUUUCCUGGACAUGAGCGGUUCCGUCAUCCUCAUCUACACGAAGGCGCUCGAAAAGAAGAACGCAAAGAACGGAGGCGGCCAGGGGCAGGGCCCCCGGGCCAUCAGCGUGAACAUCAACGGGGAUAUUUCCUCCACGUUUGACCGGACGUUCAUGUACAGCGAGAUUUGGGGCGGCCUCCAAUCCCAGACCGACCCGCUGAUUGUGACCAACAUCCUGGCGUACCGGGUGCUGGGCACCCAACAGCCCGUGCCCAUGGGUGGGAACCUGGCGAGCUUGGUGGACUCGAGUAACCCGAUGGACAACGAAGCUGGGCCUUCGUUUUUCGACUGGCUGGUGCAAUCCAAGAACGGCAUUCGCAUGCGCGCAAGCGACUUUGACGUAAAAGAGAUCAUGAGCCACGUCAUUCCAACGGAGGUCGACGCGGAGACGGGGCAGCCUUUCGAAGAGGUGGAGCUGGCCUACCAGUCCGCCGUCGGCAUGUUUGUAUUCACAAACCGGCGGGUGGUGGUGAAGCGCAACAACCUCUUCAACACGGUGGGCGGGGUUUUACUGGCCGGCCUCUGGGCCUUUUUAGGCCAGGGCGACUCCAACUUUCUGGGUGGAACGCGGUACAUUUCUCUCACCUACGACGCCAUUCAAUCGUUCACGAUCAAGGAGCAAACGACGGCGACACAGUUUCUGAACAAAGUCUUUAGCAACCCUUUUUCCAGCGGGUUGUUCGGGCAUGGGGAACUCACACUGAACACCGACAUUCCAAUAUCCUGAGUACUUAAAAAGUGUCCCCGCGACCCAAUACAUCAAGGUGGUAAAAAAUCUGCACCAGAAGCCUUGCGAGUCACGCAGGACAAGAACUUCCUCGCUGCAUCGUUAUUGUAGUGCAGCUCAGCAAGGGAGACUGCGUAACAAAAAAUCGAUCUCCUUCUCCUGCUGAUGUUUACAGCAUUUUAUAGAUGCCGCCAUACGAAUAUGAAGAUUGAUAAAUGCAUCUCAUGGGGAUUAUGCGCGUCGACGCAAAUGUUCCUGUCAUUGCAAAUGGAAACGUCAAGCAAUCUGCGGCCUGCGGCAGAGGGGGGGGCAAAGUGUGCUGCAAUUACUUUGGCAUGUUGACAACUCUACUGGAGAAGUGGGGACGCUUUUACACAGGACGCUCCAGCGUCAACGUCCCUCCUCCCCCGCCUCCGGAUGACAUGGAUCGGGACUUCGACAACGCGCAAGCGAGGAGACGUAACGACCCGCUCGACAAUAUGUCUGGUGUCGGAGGUAGCAUGGGCAUCGGUGCUGGCAUGGGCAUCGGUGCUGGCAUGGGCAUCGGUGCUGGCAUGGGCAUCGGUGCUGGCAUGGACAUCGGUGGUGGCAUGGGCAUGGGUGGUGGCAUGGGCAUCGGUGCUGGCAGGGACAUCGGUGGUGGCAUGGGCAUGGGGAUGGGUGGUGGCAUGGGCAUGGGUGGUGGAAUGGGCAUGGGUGGUGGCUUUGGUGGGAGUAUCUUUUUGGAACAUGA